GCUGCCGAGACUGAUCGAGCAUCGCGAAACAUUCCCUCGGAUUUUUCUUUUGGUGAUGGAAUAAGACGAGACCCAAACUCAUUCCGCUUAAACGCGACCAUUGGGAAGGAUAACACUAUCUUGAUUUUUUUUUUCUUUUCGAAAAAAUAACUUACGGGGUUCAAGUUUGUACACAGCAAAAGAACCGUUCUUGAAAUCUGCGAUCUGGAGCUGGAAGAAUGAAAGAAAUUACCAACAGUAUCUUGAAGGGUUCUGCGAGGGAUGAAGAGUCCCAACUGGAGAUCUUGUUGCCUGAUGAGAAGAAAUUCCACGAUGCAGCAAAAGUUGGUAAUGUUGAUACUCUGGAAGAUUGCUUAGCACGAAAUGUCCAGAUUAACAUUAGAACUGAGCUGGAUCGUACUGCCCUCCAUUUUGCUGUUGCCAACCAGCAUGAAAAUGCUGUUUCUUUUCUUCUGAACCACAAUGCCAGAGUGGAUAUUAAAGAUAAGCAUGGUAUGGAUGCCUUUCUCCUUGCUGCCUGGUUUGGACACUUGAAUAUCUUGAACUUGUUGGUAGAAAAGGGCGUUGAUCGAAAAUCCACAAAUGAGGAAGGAUUGAAUGCACUGCACUGUGCUGCCCAGAAUAAUAAAAGUAAAGUUGUAGAAUAUAUAGUAAAUGAUCUGCAGCUGGAUUUAAACAAACCCACAGAGAAAGGCAAAAUGCCAUAUCACUUGGCAGCUGAAGGUGGACACCUAGAAAUGGUUGAGACUCUGAGGAAGCUUGAUUAUAACACACAGAAAAAGGAUAAGGAAGGUAACACGGCCUUGCAUCUCGCUGCGUGGAAUGGUCAUGUGACAGUAUUAACGGUGCUGCUGAGUGAAUGGGACCUAAUAAAUGAGCAGAAUGAGGAGGGCGAGACUGCAUUCUACCUGGCUGCAGCGGGAGGUCACCAUGAAUGUGUAACAUUGCUGCUGGGAGCAGGAAGUGACAUUAAUAUUUUGCCAAAGAGCAAUAUGAGUCCUUUGCAUGUUGCAGCUGAGAGAGGUGACCAUUCCUUGGCUUUGGUGCUUAUUGACGCUGGAGCAGAUUGCAAUAGUCAAAAUAAAAGAAAAGAAUCACCUCUGCACUUAGCUGUGAAAUAUCAACAUAUGUCAAUUGCACAGCUCUUUGUGGAAUCCAUGUGCAAUGUUAACAUUUUAGAUGAGAGAAACCAGAAUCCGUUGCAUCUGGCAGCAGAGCUUGGAAAAGCUGACUUAGUGGAACUGCUCCUGAAAGCAAACACUGAUCUAAAACAAAGGGACAAGCAAGGCAAGACUCCACUGGGAGUGGCAGCGAGAGUCAAUCACAUCAUUAUUGCAGACAUGAUCAUCAAAGCAGAAAGAUAUUAUGCAUGGAAGGAGGUCAUCGAGGAUAGACAUCCAAUUCCAACAAGCAAUUACCCUUUAACAUUCAAACCGGAUCAUACCACACAGACGAGCCAACUCCGCACAACUUUAUGGACCCUGGCACACCAUGACCUCAAGCCAAAGGACUGGAAGAGGCUUGCAAACCAGUGGUACUUCACCGAAGAACAAAUUAAAGGAAUUGAAGAACAAUGGACAGGAGCAAAGAGUUAUAAGGAACGUGGUCACAGAGUGCUACUCAUCUGGCUGCAUGGAAUUCUUCUAACUGGCACAAAUCCAGUCAAGGCCUUGUAUGAGGCACUAGUUAAUAUUGAACAGAAUAACUUAGCUGAAAAGAUCAGAAAAGAAAUUAAUGGCAUACCAUCUUCACAGAAAUGUACAGUUUCUUAAAGAUAUGCUUUCCUUUUUAUGGAGCUAUCUGCCAGACAUUCUACUACUAUAAUGAACUUGAAGAAGAAAAUUCAGCUCUGGUAUCAGUGCAUCAACAUGACUAAUGAAGGCUAACAUUAAAAUAUCCACUGACUGUUUACAGUAAAUGUCAGGAAAAUGUUGCCAAAUCUGAGCCUGGGAACAUUUUACAAUUUUAUACAUUUUAAGGAAUCUCUUCCUUAAAAAUGCUUAUUAAUGUUUACUGGUAUCGCUUCAGUGAAACAGAAGACAGUGAAAAAGGAUUUCUGGAGUACAGCACUAGAGAUAGACCUUGCUCAUUGGUAGAGCACGGGGUAGUCAAGUGUCCUUUAAGUGCUUUAACUAAUUAGAUAGCUUAAAAAAAAACAACUAGCUGCUUUAUCUUGUGAAAUGAAUUACAAUAAAGUGCUAG